UGUAGUUACUCUCUUCCACCAACCAACACUCUCCACCUGACCCCUCCAUUUUCCCAUUUCCAAUAUAUAAAAUUAAAAUUAAUAAAAACCCUUCAUCUUCACCUUCACCUUCUCUCUCUCUCUCUCUCUAACCCUUUCUUCUUUCUUCCUCUCUUCAAUGUCAAUGUUCUAGGGUUGUUUGGUUGGUUCCUAUGAUUAACCAACAAUUAAUCUCUGUUUUUUUCCCUGUCUAAUGUUGUUUGUCUCUGCAGCAUCAUCCACAUUUUCUCCGAAUCCGAUGAAGAACAAGAAUCCCCCUCCCACACUCAACUUGCUGCUGCUACUGUUGCUGCUGUUGCUCCUCUCACCACGGUGCUCCGCCUCCCAACCGGAGCUCCGAUCUCUCCUCGAGUUCAAGAAAGGCAUAACCUCCGAUCCGUCUAACCGAGUUCAGGAUUCAUGGAACCCUACCUCCCUCAACGACGCCGCUCCCUGCCCUUCCUGGCCGGGAAUCCUCUGCGACCAACUCACCGGCAACAUCACCGGAAUCAUCCUCGACGGCUUCGGCCUCGGCGGCGAGCUCAAGUUCCACACUCUCCUCGACCUCAAAAUGCUAUCCAACCUCAGCCUCGCCGGAAACCACUUCACCGGGAGGCUACCGCCGUCGCUCGGAACGCUCACCUCGCUCCAGCAUUUGGAUCUCUCCCGGAACAACUUCUACGGACCCAUCCCUGCUCGGAUCAAUGAACUAUGGGGGCUUAACUACCUCAAUUUGUCGCACAACAGCUUCAAAGGUGGGUUCCCCACUGGUCUCAACAACCUCCAGCAGCUGAGGGUGCUUGAUUUGCACUCUAACCUUCUCUGGGCUGACAUUGGGGACCUUCUCCCCACGCUGCGCAACUUGGAGCAUCUUGAUUUGAGUCACAAUCGGUUCUUUGGUGGGCUUUCACUUUCCAUGGAGAAUGUUUCAGCUUUGGCUAACACUGUGCGGUUCUUGAACUUGAGUUACAACAACUUGAAUGGCCCUUUCUUCCGGAACGAUUCGAUGGGGUUGUUUCACAACUUACAGGUUUUGGAUAUGAGUGAUAACUUUUUAACAGGGGAGCUUCCUUCUUUUGCUUCAUUGUCUGGACUGAGGAGUCUGCGCCUUGCCCGUAAUCUCUUGUUCGGGUCCGUGCCCGAGGAGUUGCUGCAGAGCUCAGUGCCCUUGGAAGAAUUGGAUCUCAGCGCCAAUGGAUUCACAGGCUCAAUUGCUGUGAUCAACUCUACAAGUCUAAGUUUUUUGAAUCUUUCAUCCAAUGGUUUAUCAGGCUCUUUGCCAACAUCUUUGAGAAGUUGUACAAUCAUGGACUUGAGCAGGAAUAUGUUAUCCGGUGACAUUUCUGUUAUACAGAACUGGGAAGCUACAUCAGAUGUUAUUAAUCUCAGUUCAAACAAGCUGUCAGGAUCCUUGCCUCCUGGUUUAGGGAUCUAUUCGAAGUUGUCUGCCUUUGACUUAAGUUUAAAUGAACUCAGUGGAACCAUUCCAAGUGGUUUAGUUACUUCAUCAUCACUUGCAAGAUUAAAUCUUUCUGGAAAUCAAUUUACAGGGCCACUUCAGCUUCAAGGUUCAGGGUCAAGUGAAUUACUACUCAUGUCUCCUUCUCAGCACAUGGAAUAUCUUGAUGUAUCUAAUAAUUCCUUAGAAGGUGUCUUGCCUACUGAAAUAGAUAAGAUGGGUGGGCUCAGACUGCUGAAUCUGGCAAGGAAUGGCUUUUCUGGAGAGCUUCCAAAUGAAUUGGGCAAACUAGUUUACUUGGAGUAUCUCGAUUUGUCUAACAACAAGUUUACCGGACAUAUUCCUGAUAGGCUCUCAUCCAGCUUAACUGCAUUUAAUGUGUCUAAUAAUGAUCUAUCUGGUCACGUUCCUAAGAAUUUGCAGCACUUCCCUCCUUCGUCCUUUUACCCUGGAAAUAAAAAGCUAAUGUUGCCAACUAGUCCCCCUGGAGAUUCUUCGGUGUCUGAUAAUAUUCCAGUGGUUAGACAUAAACGUGGUUCAAAACGUAAUAUCACGAUAGCAAUUAUUCUUGCCAUUGUUGGUGCUGCUGUGAUGAUUGCUUUUGUUUUAUUUGCUUAUCGUCGGACACAACAAAAAGGGUUUCAUGGAAGAAGUGAGUUCAGUGGUCGAAAUACUGGAAGAGAUGUCAAGUUAGGAAGGCCUUCCCUCUUCAAGUUCAAUGCAAACGUUCCACCCCCAACAACUUCGUUGAGCUUUUCAAAUGAUCACUUGUUGACUUCCAAUUCGAGGUCACUCUCUGGACAGUCAGAGUUUAUUACUGAAAUUUCUGAGCACAGCGUGCCUCAGGGAAUGAUAGCAACCAGUUCAUCAUCUGUAAUUCCUAAUUUGAUGGAUAACCCUUCUAUGUCAUCUGGAAGGAAGUCUUCUCCUGGUUCCCCAUUGUCGUCCUCACCCCGUUUUAUAGAGUCUUGUGAAAAACCGGUGAUGUUGGAUGUUUACUCACCUGACCGGCUGGCUGGGGAACUGUUUUUCCUGGAUUCUUCACUAGCAUUCACUGCAGAGGAAUUAUCUCGAGCUCCAGCUGAAGUUCUCGGCAGAAGUAGCCAUGGCACUUUGUACAAGGCUACUCUGGACAGUGGUCAUAUGUUAACUGUAAAAUGGUUACGGGUGGGAUUGGUCAAACAUAAAAAGGAAUUUGCUAGAGAAGUUAAAAGGAUCGGUUCUAUGAGGCACGCAAACAUUGUCCCUUUACGAGCAUACUAUUGGGGGCCUAGGGAACAAGAGAGGCUUCUCUUAGCUGACUAUGUACAUGGGGACAACUUGGCCCUCCAUCUCUACGAGACCACACCCCGAAGGUACUCACCACUAUCAUUCAGCCAGAGAAUAAGAGUUGCUGUUGAUGUUGCACGAUGUCUUCUAUACCUUCAUGACCGAGGGCUGCCGCAUGGAAAUCUGAAGCCGACAAACAUUCUGUUACCAGGACCUGAAUACAGUGCUCGUCUUACCGACUAUGGUCUGCACCGGCUCAUGACACCAGCAGGAAUUGCAGAGCAGAUACUAAACCUUGGAGCGCUCGGAUACCGUGCUCCGGAACUCGCAACUGCAUCCAAACCAGUUCCAUCUUUUAAGGCUGAUGUCUAUGCACUUGGAGUGAUCCUAAUGGAAUUGUUAACGAGAAAAAGCGCAGGUGACAUAAUAUCAGGGCAAUCAGGUGCUGUUGAUCUCACAGAUUGGGUUAGGCUGUGUGAAAGAGAAGGGAGGGUAAUGGAUUGUAUAGACAGAGACAUUGCAGGUGGUGAAGAAUCCUACAAAGAGAUGGACCAAUUGCUUGCAACAUCUCUCAGGUGUAUCCUCCCUGUACAUGAAAGGCCUAACAUCAGACAAGUUUUUGACGAGCUCUGUUCUAUAUCAUCAGCUUGAAAUUAAUUUUUGUACAUGUGUCUGGGAAUUAGUUUUUUUAUUUUUGGUUCCUCGACCCAUUGUUAUUUUCUGAUUCUUUGGACCCAUCUUAUCUCCUUGUUAAUUGGUUCUCCAGCCUUAUUUUGGGCUAAUCCUCAUUCUUUUCUUCUAUUAUUCUCUUCUUUUUUUCUCAACAAUAUUUCUUGUAAAGCGACAAUCAUUGAUUAAUCGACAGUGUUUGUGUUUGUUUUGAAGCAGAAA